GAUCCUGGGCGCUGCUUUUUUCCCUCUACCACCCCAUUGCACUGAGCGCGCUUGAGCCAGCCCUGUCUGUUUAAACCGGGAGGACACCCAUACCGACUUCUCAAUGCAAAAAAAUAAAAGGGUAGCUAGAAGCAGGGGCAAGGGGAACCGGAGGUGUGAGUAGAAAGCGAAAGCUCUCGGUCCGUCUCUCCUUUUUAUUACAUGAAUGAAUGAAUGAAUGAAUUAUUGAACAUUAGGGCACACGUACAAGGAAACACGCCUCCGCCUGGACGACCAAACGCCGAAGCUUUUGAUAUUUGACUUCUAUUCAAUGGUACGCGGUCGUGUCUGUACAUAUUUGUCUCGAGAGUAGGAUCUGUGUCACGUCUCAUCCCCGUCAUCUGAAACACUCGAGAAGAUUUUGCGCGAACCACCGCUACUGUCUGAAACUCCUCGCCGUGAAGAUGGCAACUUUAACGAACGGACAGGUGGACGGCACGGUGCACGGAGGCGCGGCCAGUACGAACGGGCUCGUGAACGGAAUAAGCCACAGUCACAGUCCCGCGAGCUGCGCCACUAUUCCCAUGAAGGACCACGAUGCCAUCAAACUGUUCAUCGGACAGAUACCGCGCAACCUGGACGAGAAGGACCUCCGACCGCUCUUCGAGGAAUUUGGCAAGAUCUACGAGCUCACCGUGCUGAAAGACCGUUUCACUGGCAUGCACAAAGGCUGUGCCUUCCUCACAUACUGUGCAAGAGAAUCAGCGCUAAAAGCUCAGACCGCGCUUCACGAGCAGAAGACGCUACCUGGGAUGAACAGGCCGAUCCAGGUGAAGCCGGCUGACAGUGAGAGCAGGGGAGAAGACAGAAAGCUGUUUGUAGGCAUGCUAAACAAGCAGCAGUGCGAGGACGACGUGCGGCGUCUUUUCGAAUCGUUUGGCUGUAUCGAGGAGUGCACCAUCCUCAGAGGUCCUGACGGAAACAGCAAAGGUUGUGCGUUUGUGAAAUAUUCCACUCAUGCAGAAGCUCAGGCCGCUAUUAGUGCUUUACACGGCAGCCAAACCAUGCCUGGCGCUUCCUCUAGCCUGGUGGUGAAGUUUGCAGACACAGAUAAGGAACGGACUAUUCGACGUAUGCAGCAGAUGGCUGGUCAGAUGGGCAUCUUCAAUCCGAUGGCCCUGCAGUUUGGAGCGUAUGGUGCCUAUGCACAGGUCCAGCAGCAGGCCGCACUGAUGGCAUCAGUAGGUCAGGGAGGAUAUCUAAGCCCCAUGGCUGCUUUUGCUGCCGCACAGAUGCAACACAUGGCCACCAUCAAUGGCCUCCCAGGGGCUCCCAUGACCCCAACAUCAGGUGGUAGCACGCCCCCUGGCAUCACAGCUCCCACGGUGACCAGCAUUCCAUCUCCAAUCAGUGUCAACGGUUUCACAGGACUGCCACCUCCUCAGGCAAAUGGUCAGCCCCCAGCAGAGGCCAUGUUUACCAAUGGAAUCCAUCCUUACCCAGUUUUUCAGGAGGUGGUCUUUAGGGAAGAUUCGGAGAAGGGCGGCCUGGGCGUGGCGCAGCGGAGUUGUUUUGGGGUGCAGGGAAGCUGUUUCCUGUCGUCGCUCUCAGAAGCUCAGAGUCCCACCGCAGCCGAUCCCCUUCAGCAGGCCUAUGCAGGAGUCCAACAGUAUGCAGCAGCCUUCCCCGCUGCAUACGGACAGAUCAGCCAGGCUUUUCCCCAGCCACCCCCUAUCAUUCCCCAGCAACAGAGAGAAGGGCCGGAGGGCUGUAACCUGUUUAUUUAUCACCUGCCUCAGGAGUUUGGGGACGGCGAGCUGAUGCAGAUGUUCCUGCCUUUCGGUAAUGUCAUCUCCUCCAAAGUGUUUGUGGAUCGGGCGACAAACCAAAGUAAAUGCUUUGGAUUUGUGAGCUUCGAUAACCCGGGCAGCGCCCAGGCGGCCAUCCAGUCCAUGAACGGCUUUCAGAUCGGCAUGAAGAGACUCAAAGUGCAGCUGAAGAGGCCAAAGGAUGCCAACCGCCCAUAUUAGCCCCACCCCCUUGCCCCAGCCACCCCUGACCCGGGGGGUGAAGGCCACCGCUGCGCACAGGGAACAACAGGUUUUGUAGAGUUGGAACACAUGUUGAUAACAUGCUAAAUGUAAUUGAAAUCUAAGAAAACACAACUGAUUCGGAUCAUCAGGGCUGGGGAUAGGACACUGCUGAAGCGGAAGAUAAGGAGAACACAGCCGCACGACACAACAUCACCACCACCGGGCUUAACGGACCUUCUGGACUUCAGAAUUAAACUCAGGGGAGCUGCGGAGUAACUGGACCAUACCGUACUCCCUUCUCUGAACCCCACGCCCUUAUUUUGCAGGACCACAGGACGAACUACUGAAGACCAACAUCAAAUAUAUAUAAAUAUAUAUUUUAAAAAAAAAGAAAAACAAUGUAAGGCCUCAGAAGGCACCGAAUCUAAGUAGGAAAAAACACUUUUUAAACUACGAUAAACUUUUAGAGGGGAAUCAUGUAAUAUUGAAGACAUCUUUGGGGAAACUUUUUAAAGAACUGUUUUAGAAAUCAACAAAAAAGGAUUAAAAAAAAAGAAAAAAACUUGAAAGACUUGAAUUUUUUGGAAGGAUGUGACAAUUCAGGACACGAAGUCGCUUCGACUCGGGAAGGCCAGCUUUUUCUUGGAGUGCCUGUCCGUUUCCAGGGGUGACGGCUGCCACAAACCGCAGCCUCAGUCCGCCAGGAGAAUUUACCUGUCAUUCCUUAGUUGUGUAGGGACCAAAUGACCAAACCUUUUUAUCGCAAAUGAGAAAAAAAAAGACUUGUACCUGUAACAUAGUCGGACCACUGCAUCUCUUGCUGUGCCAAUCGGUUUAAGAGUUGUAUUUAAAAAAAGAUAUAUGUAUAAAAAGAACAUAUAUGACUAUAUGCAUAAAUGCAUACGUAUAGAUUGCUGAUAUGCUUUUGAAUACUGGCAGACCUAUUUCUGAUGGCCCGUCGGGGUCGUUCACUUCGCUAGUUUACAAUUACUGCUCAAAAUGAAGAAUAUUUAUUUUUAUUUCACUUCUAGUUUUUUCUCUGUGGUGAGAGAAAGGGUGCAUGGGAAGGGUUGUUCCAUAAUGCAGCCUUACCUUUUUCUAUUUUAAUGUCCUGACCUUGUAGUAAAGAGACCAUCUUAAAAAGGUUCGAGAUAAACAAUCCUGUUUAUAUAUAACGUACAUACAAUAUGUAUAUGUAUAGCAGACAUUCAAGCAAUAUGUAUUCAUAUGUAUGCACCUGUAUAGCAUAUAUAUGGAUACAUACGAUAUUAAUCCCAAAACCCGUAUAUGUAUUUAUAUGCAUAUAUUUUCUAUGUGUGUAUAUAUAGAAACCGGCUAUUCAAUAUGUAGAGCUGUAGUUUUUUGUAGAUUUAACAUAGAGUCCGAACCCCUGCUCUGCUUUGGACUUUUACCACUGCAAAGACUCAAAUCGGCAGCUGCAGUCUGCAAGGCAUUCCUCUCGAUCCGAUAUAUACAGUAACAACCUGUAUCCGCAAACAAACACACACAUAUACACACACUCACUCAAGGGGAUGAAACCCGAUACACUUUGUGUAUAUAUGUGUAUAUGCUAUAUCUACGAAUGCAAAAAGGCCUCUCGUUUGAGAGUUUCAAGAGAAUCAGGAGCAUUACGAAGUAGGACAGAAAACGUUUCGGACCUACCUGCCCCCCACCCUACGGUGUACAGUCGCAAACAAACACGCGUGUGAUAUACGAACAAACAAACAUACGGCAUGUAUCCUGAACGCCGGCUUUCAAUACAGACAUCCGACGGUUUUUAAACUCCGCCGCGUUCGCGCACUGCUAGCAGCCAUUCAUUUUAAUGAUGUCAAAACAACGGAGAAACUCUUACUUCUUACAACAACAAAAAAAACGUAAAACACAAAAAGGCGACUAGCCUACUACAGCUAACAGCGAAGCCUUCAAAUAUUUGUUGACAUCAAAAAAUCUGUGCAGCUUGACACAGCCAUCUAUCGAAACACCCACUCGACGUCUGCUUACGGUUACAAUCAGGUGGGCAUUAUAUACGUUUUGCACAAGUAUCGUCUGAAUCUGCAUCAUCACAUCGCGUUGUUUACAUGUGUGAAGGGGGGUUUGAUCGUGUCGAGACUGGUUGGGAUCAAUUUCUAGCGGGUGAGGACUUUUUAUUAGGCUAGGUUGUGCUUUGCAACUAUUGUAAAUAUAUACGAAUUCCGAAGCUGGUUGGUUCACUUUACUGAACGGUAGUGAUUAAGCAGUAGUCAGUUCACCUCAUUUCAAUGGGGAAUUUAGUUCUGGAUCGACUUGGUUUCAGACUGAUUCCGAGAAUGUUGCAUUUUGCCUUCUAUCUUUCCGACACAUGGUCAUUAUUCAGGUAUUCCAGGAUCUUUUUUGCAAGGAUAUGCAUUCCGUCUGCUUAUGAAGCUCAUCGUCAUGUAGGAUCUCAGUGUUAGCUUUCGACGAGUCUUAUUUACAUCUGUCUGUCUGUCUCUCUCUCUCUCUCUCUCUCUCUCUCUCGAUCCGUGUGACGUUUCAGCUGCAACUGUUUACAUGGCAAUCUGGAAAUGUAUGGUUGACAUACCAAGACAAAAGAGAAAUUUUAUUAUAAAUAUAUAUAAGUAUAUACAUGAACUACUGAAUAUACUGUAAAUGUUUUUCUCUUUUUUGCUCUGUUCCUCUGUAUAUAGGUUUGCAUAUUUUAUAGUCUUUUACUUCUAUCUAGGACUGGAUGACAGAAAAUGCAAAGACAAAAAAUGAAAACAAGCUACAGCAGGUUAAAAUCUAGUCCAUGGAAAUGCAGUAUGGUUGUAAGGCGUUUCAUUACGGAACGUAAUAUGAGCCAAUCAGAUUUGAUCAGAACAUGUAACGUCACUUUCAGAACUGCUGCCAACAUGCAUAUUUAUUUGUCUAUUUAUUAUUUUUUCAUUCAUUUUUAAUGCCUUUAUUUGAUUUUGUUUGUUUGUUUGUUUGUUUUUACUACACUUAUAUUUGUAUUUUUAUGCACUGGUUGUAUUUUCUUUUUCGCGUGCUUGUAACCACAUCGAAUAUGAGUUCGUCACUGAAACGGCGCUUUUUUUAAAAUAUAUUUUUACAUGUUUUGUAUUGUAUUAAGACACAAUGGAACAAUACAACUGGCAGAAUCAGGGUAAUCCUUUAUGGAGAAUGUAGAACUCAUGAAGGACCGGUGUCAAAACUUUUUGCUGCACCUGUUUGAACUGUCUGCUGUUUUCUGUUCUGCAGUUCCUCGCGUGUCAGAGCUCCGAUCUGCUUCAUUGCUUUUUUCAGACAGAGAAAAGAAAAACCUGCACUAAUCCAUCAAACUCUCAGCAACUUUGUUUUAUUGCUGUUCUUCGUUAGCGCUAACUGUCCUCGACUCUUUGGAAUCAAGAACAACAGUCUGAAUUUACAGAAACAAUGCAGUAAUCUGGGAACAUAUAAAAAGAAGCUUUUUCAGACAUUUUGAGCACAGUUGAGAGUGCCGGGUGGUACGUGUGGAUUUUUGCCAAGUCUAUCACAAUGCGAUUGAGCUGUAUUCGCAGUUGGGUUGCUGUCGCAGCUCAUGCCCUGUUUUCCUCAACUCCACGUUUCUCUGGUCCCUAGACUCUCUUUUGUAAUUUUACUGAAUGACGCGUUUCUGCUUAAGCCCAAUAAUAAAGCACAGUGUAGAAUAAACCAGCA